AUGAUGACCAAGGCAAUGACUCUCAUCUCCGCCCUCACAUUGGCAGGAGUCGCAAGCCCCAUAAUCGGUUACGCAGGCUACUUCUACGCCGACUGCGCCAUCCCAAGCAUCGACUCCGCCAACGCCUACGCCGGAUCCUGCAUCAACGUUGAGAACUUCCCGAUCAAAUCAUUCACUGCCUACGUUGAGUCCGGCUCCUGCGGCGACGGUACCUCUGCCGUGUUGAACACCUACACUGCCGCUGGCUGCAAUGAGUCUACCCUCUUUGAGACUUUCAGUGUGGAUAGUAAGAAGCAGUGCUUUGAGGCUGAUGUCACUCUUGUUAGCUUGAAGACUGAGUGUAUCUAA